AUGGGCGAUUGGGGCAUGGCGGCGGACGAGCUAGACCCGCGCUGGACUCGCGCGGCCCAUUGCGCCAUGGCGUUGCCCACUGAACCCACCAGCACGAAGUCCUUGCCCUCCGCGUCGUCGAGUGCGGCUGCCGCCCAGGGGGUCUCGGUCAAGUGGCAGCCGCUUGGCGCGUGGCUGCGCCCGUCCGAUGAACCGCCAGCGCGGACCUCGAUCGCCAAGUUGGCUCAGCACCUCCACUGGGCGAGGGCCCAGCUGGCCAAGCGCGCGGGGCUCAUGGUUCAGCGCCCUGUCCAGCGGUUGCCUGGCGUGGCCAAGGAUGUGGCCACCUCGCGGGUCCUGCCAGGCAAGUCGCUGCUGGCCCCUGCUGCGGCAGAGGAGGUGGCACUGCUGGCGCCGACGCGUGGUGGUGUCUCUUGCCCCGGGGCGUCGCAGAUCGACCCCUGCCCCUUGGCGGUGAAGGCCGUGGGCGAGUGGGGGAGCUCGCGGUCGGUCCAUGGGUCCAUGAGGCGCCGCGGGCACAGGCCGCCAGCAGAUGCCACCCCCCGCGGGGCGAGGUCCAGCCGCUGGCCGGGCGGUGCCCGGGUCAGGCAGGCGACCUUCGCCUGCGGCGCCAGAGCGGCCAGUAUCUCGAUCGUCCUGGGCAUGCGGGAACCUUUCAACGCCGGCGAGUGCUGUGCUGCUAGAUGGGGCGGCGAGCUCCAGCUGUCCAGGCCCCGAGGCGCGCGGGCGGAGCUCGAGCGCAGGACCAUGGACUCCAGCCAGCUGCCCAGCGGCGCGGGCUCCAGCGUCGUAGUGAAGCGCACCUUCAUCGAGGUGAACUGCCCCAGUGCGGUGGGCAGUCUCCGCUCGCGCGCGUGCUCCGACUCGGCGCUGUUCGAGCUGGGCGAGGAGGCAGUGCGCCGGCAUGCCCAGCACCGUCAAGGGAGAGCUGCUGCCAUGGCGGGUCAGGUGGAGUUCGAGCUCGAGGGGAUGUCCGAAGCCGAGACGACGUCCGAGCAGGACCACGAGGGCGAGGGGGCGUCGCUGCCCUGCUACGCGCACCUGCGCAGGGCCCAGGAGGCCGGCGCCACCCCCGACCACCAGCUGCCCGGCGUGGGCACGCCCACGUUCGCCGGCCUCCCCGCGGCGCUGGCCGCGCUUCCAGGGGUCGAGAUCCUGGCGGGCGAUGCCGCCGAGGAGGCCCGGCUGGAGCGGAGCGAGCAGGACCGGCACGCACCCGAGUGGCAGUCCGCCGACCCCACGUUCGGCUCGGACUCUGGCAGCGAGGUCAUGUCCUCGGGGGCCCCGUCCGGCGUCGCCGUGGACGCGCAUGACGUGCGCCAGGACCUCGACUUGCUCCUCCAGGAGAACCAGAGGCUGGUCUUCGAGAACCAGAUGCUCAGGGGAGAGUACUGGGUGCCGGUCGCGGACAGCUUUGCCGUGCGAGACGGCGC